AACCCAAAAUGCAAUCAUGGCGCACGGGGCACUGUGUUUGUAGAAUGCUGAGAAGUUUUUACGUAAACACUUCGUUACUUUGCAUGGUAAACCCUAAAUGUGUUAUAAUAAUUUAUCCGUGAAUUUUGAAUAUUGUAGCAAAGCAUACAUGGUUGUUCCAAACUUCAAGUAUUCACCUGUUUGGGAUAUUGUCUCUGUACUACUAGACACUUGCAGAUAACUUUGUUGGUGUCAUAAUGUCAGAGGCGUACGCCCGAGAGAUAUUACGGAGGAAUGUUGCCCAAGUAUGCCAAACUAUAGGAUGGAAUGGGAUAAACUCUACGCCACUCGACAUUUUAGUGCAUGUUUUGGAAAAGUACAUUUGUACUUUGGGCACUCAAGCUAACCGAUACGCCGAACAAUUUAAUAGGACUGAACCAAACUUGAAUGACCUAGGGUUAGUGUUUCGUGACCUUCACAUCCAAUUGCCAGAAUUAGGAGAGUAUACUAGAUCUGUGCCUCCCGUUCCACCUCCUGUUAAAACAGAAAGAUUCCCAAAACCUAAAGAAUCUAAUUUAAAUUUCCUUAAGCCUGGCAGUUAUGAGGUAGUUACAAGACCUAUGCAUGUGCAUGAGCACUUGCCUCCUAUGUACCCAGAGAAAGAAAGAGAUACACCUGUUGUUGCAGGAACAGUUGAAAUUCGGCAAAAUGGUAUUGAUAAUGUUGAUGCUAAUGUGUCCUGUACAAGUCCUGAAAUAUCUGUCACAGACAGUCCAGAAAAACCUAAAGAUAUAUUUAAGAGGCCUAUUGAUCCAGUUUCAUUACCAAAUAGUAAAAGACCAAGGUUACGACUGGAUGAAGAGGAAAGGACAAGGGAAAUUAGCAGUGUUAUGAUGACUAUGUCAGGUUUUCUUUCACCAGCUAGAGAAGGUAAAUUACCAGAAGCUAAGCCUCCUACUAUUAUUUCUGAAAGACAUCAUGACAAGCAUAAAGUGAAUUCACACCAUUCAAAUGCAAUUAAAGUACCAAUGUUAGAUAAAAUUGAUAAGAAAUCGAAGAAGAGUAAGUUAAUUAAUGGAAAAAUUAUGAAAAGUAAAAGAAAAGAUAAGAGUCAUAAAGGUGAGGGUAGUAAAUCUAAAGAUAGUAGUAAAUUGGAGAGGUAUCCUCCGGGAUAUCCAAUGAAAAGUAAAGACGUUCAUCCAACGCAUCAUAAUCACGUGACAAUGCCUGCGCCAAGGCCUUUACAAGCACCUGUAAGACCAACAAUGCCACCACCACCUAUACCUUUACCAACACCGCCACCUGUUACAAUACAAGAACCUAUCAGGCCAGUUAUAAAACAGGAACCAAUAGAUCCACCCCCACCUGUCACAACUCGGCCAUCUCUACCUGCUGAAGAUUCAAUUCCGGUACCUAAAAAAAUACCAAUUUCAAAAUCUCCGCUCGUUUCCAAUUCUUUAACUACUCACAAACAUCAAUCUUCCACAAUUUCUCUUAUUCCGGAUGUUCAAAUCAAAAAAGAGGUUAUAGAUGAAGAAGAAAAGUUAGCAUCUCAGCCAGAUAGAUCAAAGAUUAAUAUAUUUAAAAGAAUAUCGAACAAAUCUAAAGAAGAAAAGCAUACACCAGAAGUUGUUCCUGAAAAAUUAUUUUCACAGCCAGAUACAACAAUUUCAAGGUUGCAGAAUUCAUCACAUGAAAUAAGUGAAAACCGAGUUAAAAGUGCCGAAUAUGUGAACAAUAAUAACAGUCCAGUUGAUUUGUCGCGAGAAAUAGAUAUUAGGUCUCACGAAAUUAUCAACAUUGAUGAUGAUUCAUUGGAUGCUCAACCAGUGCCUCAUUCUAGAAAUACAUCCCCUGAGCCAAAAUCAGUUGGCCUUUCAAUAAAUAAAUCGUUACAAGUACCUUUUCCCAAAGAUAUUGCUAGUGUCAGUCCAAAAUUGAAGAAGGAAAAGAAACAUAAAGAUAAAAAAGAUAAAGCAGCGAAAUUAGAAGCAAAACUCAAAAAACAGCAUCAACAGUUGGCCUUUGAAAUGAUGCCAAUGGUAGAAAAGAAAAAGUCUAAAAUUAAAAGUGAAAAGUCAGUUAAGUCUAAUAGGCUUAAAAAUGAUUUAAAAUUACCACAAAUGCCACCUGGUUUUCCAUUCUUUCCUAACAUGCCACCAGGACGGGGAAUGAUGCCAGGUCCGGGAUUAAUACCUAGUCAUGGCUUAAUACCUGGUGGGGACUUUUUAGCUGGUUUGACUAACAACCCUGCACUAAGAGGUUUACAACCCCCAAAUAUCCUUGGUAAUCCUUUUGCUGUAGGGGCAGGCGGACCAGGGCUUAUACCAGGAUCAAGUUUUCUACCAGGUGGUCUCGGCCCCGGUAUCCCCAAUCAUCUUAUGCCGAUGGGUAACUUUCCUCAUUCUUCGCGAUCGUCUCCUGUAAAAAUACCGCCAAUGCUUAGACGUCCAAGUUUAGAGGUUAUACCUGUUGAAAACGAAGAAGACAGGAUGAUGCAUAAAUCAGCAAUGACGGGGCGCGACAAAGAUCGUCAUGAUAAGCACAAAUCUCCAACCAUUCCAAAUAUUUUACAAAAACAGAAAUCUAAAUCAAAUAAGGAUCAUAAGUCAAGUAUAUAUAAAAUGCCACCCGUACAGCCGGAUAUAACGAUUGAAUUGAAUCCUCCUAAAGAGCCAGUUAGACCUGAACCACCACGAGAAAAUCCAACGCCACUUCGAAUACCCACACCAGAACCACAAGCCGUUGUUUCUAAACCUGAACCGCUCCCAAUUCCUGAACCAACGCCAGUCAAACAUUCUGCUCCAGAAAUUUCUCAAGACCCGGAUAAUAUAGAGAAGAAGAAAGACAAGUCUCAUAAAAAGGAAAAACGAGAUAAGGAUGGCAUUAAAAUAAAAAAGAAGAAGGAUAAAAAAGACAAAAAUAAAGAUAGGUCUGAAAAGAAAAAGGAUAAGGAAGAGAGACAGGAAAUUAAAGAUAGAAUAAAGAAAGAAAAGAAAGAGAAAAAGAAAGAAAAGUCGGCAGAUGGUCUCGUGCCUAAACUUACCCUUAAACUAGCUUCUUCCAACUCAAAUUCACCGAUGCCACCCAGCUCUCCAGAUGUAUAUAAACUAAAUAUAAAGCCUGUUGUAAAGAAAGAAGAGGAAGAGACAUCUCCUAUUAAAGAGGAAUCCGUAUCACGAGAGCACAGUCGGUCCCCAGAAUUAGCCCAAAUAUCUGCCUUAGUAACGAGGCCACCAAAGCAGAGACAUUCUAAACAUAAUCAUGUUUCAGAGCCGUUAGAAUCACAAUCGCCUCCGCCUAUACCUGGUUCGCCGCAAAGAAAGAAUCGUCCACCCUCGAGUCAUUCUAAAUAUAAAAGAAUCUUGAUAAAACCUUUGUCGAAGAAAGGUAAUAACGAAGAUUUUGAAGACGAGCCAGCUACGAUAUCAGAUGAACCGCAAGCGCCGGCACCAGUUUCUGUAGAAAAACCAACCGGACCACUUCCAACACCAUAUUAUGUGGACGAACAAGGAAACAAAAUAUGGGUAUGUCCCGCUUGUGGACGGCCAGACAAUGGCUCGCCGAUGAUAGGUUGUGACGGAUGCGAUGGGUGGUACCAUUGGAUCUGUGUUGGAAUCACGGAGGAUCCGGGGGCCACGGAAGACUGGUUUUGUAAAUCUUGCGUUGCUAAAAGGGCUGCGAUGGUUCUCGCCGGCGUCACUUCCGGCAAAAAGAGGGGGCGGAAACCAAAAGGAGAAAAAAUCAGAGACUGUCAUUGACCGUCGUAUGUUUCGUUGUUACUGAGAUUAGUUUUAAUUUUCUGUUUGAUAGAUGUGAAUGGAUUUCGAAUUGUUAAUGGAUUAUUGUUGAAUGAUAUCGCGCAGAUACCUUUUCAUCAUUUAUAAUGUUAUAUAAUAGGAUAGAAUUAAGAAUAGAUAAUAAUUGAAUAUUGACAUAAAAUGUUGAACAUAAAAUAGCAUAGGUACAUGUAAUAAUUACCAUAAUUUUAAUUAUUUUGUUAAAUUUCUUAUUUCUCGUUCGCUCGGUUAGAUCAAGUUUAAUGAGAAUGCGGGCGUGUUGUACACAACCCGCGUGUAAACAUAGAUUUAAUAUAAGAUUCUUUUUAUAUUGUACAAAAAACUGAAUUUACUUAAGAAAUUGGUGAUGUAUAAAGUAAUGGUAGUGAAUAUUUAAAUAAACAGAAAGAAGGCUGGAUGUAAAUUCAGUCAAUAUUUGAAUAUUUUCAUAUUAUAAUUUUAAUAUAACCCUGUUUUUUUUUUGUUGAAGUUGUUCCUUCUUAUCUAUGUACAGGACAGGCACAGUCACUUAUUACUUUGGCGACAUCUCGUCUACAAACGCGAAUGUGUGAAAGUGCUCGCCCUUCAAAAUAAAUUACGUAGAGGGGAGGUAAAUGUAAUUUUUUUGAUUUCUGCCAGUGGCCAAUUAAAUAUAUUGGUACUCGAAAA